AUGCAACAAUUAAUAUUUGAUUUAAAAAAUAUUGAAGCAUAAAGCUAAAUUGAAAAAUCAAAGCUUAAAAAGAUAUUUCUAGAAUUAGAUGAGAUUUUCAAUGAAAAAUAAGAUAUUCUUUCACCAAAAAACACAAAAUCAAAUUUAUUUUAAAGUAUUAGAUCUGAACUCUUUGCUUUAAUCUUAUAGUUUUUAGAUUUAAGGACCUGCCUUAGAUUUCGAUUAGUAAAUAGAUAUGCAAACAUAUGUGCUAUUAAUUUUUUUCAUUAUAAAAUAAAGCAUUUGUAUGAUAAAUCAAAAAAUUUAGAAAAUGAGUUAAAUGAAAUACAACACAACUAUCCACAAGAUAUUAUUAAUCAAGAUUAAUUGAUUUCACUACAAAAUGCCCAUGAUAGAUUGAGAUAACUAGAUAAAGCGGAAAUUUUUGAAAUAAGAAUGAAUACAAAUCAGCAUUUAAUUAUAUAAAAAGUAUUUUCAUUAGUUUGUAUCCUUUUAAAUCCAAAUAUUAAACAAUAUUAAGAGAAUUGGUCAGAUUGCUAAAAGAUGCUUAAAGAUUAUUACUUUUUAAAUAAAAUAUUACAAGUAGAAAUAGAUAAUAUAUCUGAUUCCUAAUUGUAGUUGCUUUAAGCAAUCCAUAAUAUUGAAGCUUAAUAGGUUUAGAAUAUCUCAAGAGUUUGCUAUAGUUUUUAUUUAUACUUAUAUUCAAUUGUUUAAAUAAGGGUAUCUAAAUAUUACAUUAUUAUAAAUCAAAAAUUACAUUUAGAGAAAUAAAUUAAAUCAACCACAAACCUUAUAAAAAAAUUACAGUAAAUCUCAAAAUGA